AUUUUGGAAGUGAAUCAUAGCGAUUCUGAAAGAAGAAAACAUGCUGGGAAAUAUGUCUCAUUGGAUUGUGAAUUUGUUGGUGUUGGUCCUGAAGGCUCUGAAUCAGCUUUGGCUCGUGUUUCUAUUGUGAAUUUUUAUGGGCAUGUUUUGCUUGAUACAUUUGUUAGACCUUUGGAGAAAGUAGUCGACUGGAGAACUCGUGUCAGUGGAGUCACCCCAGCUCAUAUGAAAAAUGCAAUUCUGUUUAAAGAAGCACAAAAAACAACUUCUGAUAUACUUAAAAACAGAAUAUUGAUUGGGCAUGCAGUAUAUCAUGAUCUCAAGGCCUUGUUACUAUCUCACCCCUCAAGCAUGACAAGGGACACUUCUUUGUUUCCUCCUUUCAGAGCCUACGCAAAAGGAAAAACACCAAGCUUAAAAAAACUAUCACAACAGAUAUUGGGCAAAGAAAUUCAAAAAAAUGAGCAUUCUUCCAUUGAGGAUGCUAGAGCUACAGUUGUGUUGUAUCGUCUCUACAAAAAAGAUUUUGAGAAAUUC